AUGAAAGAGGUGGCCAAGUUCCGGCUAAGAAAAACUGCACAAGGUCUCCAACGUAUGAAGCAGGUUCUCGACUCUGAGGAUCUUCCAUUUGCAAAGGCCGCGGCAUUGAUUAACACCCGUUUCUGGCACGCUCGAAGCAAUCAAGCUUUAUCAAGAUUCGUUACUUUAUUGCUUCUAGCGUUGACUAAUAGCGUGCUUCUUGCUGUUUGGUCACAGGAUAACACACGACUUCUGGAUCAGUUUGUCUCUCGAGUGGCUGGCACAAACGACUUUCUUAGCGAAUCUCUAGAAGCUAAAUGCUUUCUUUGGAUUCUGUGGGAGGUGUCGCAGCUCGAGGCUAAAGUUCUUUGCUCUUGCGCAAAGCUGCUGGAUACCUAG